CAACUUGGACCACCAAUAAAACGCAGCUCUCGACGAAAACAAGUCGACAAAACCAUUUAAACAUGUGCACCGCUUUACAACACAAUUAAACGAAGUUAAUAAUGUUAAAAUGCGGUGUGUACUCUACUUAAUUGUGUGCGUUAGUGUGGUGAAGUGCAGGAGUUUAAGUGAGGAUAACGAUGAGGAGUUUAACAAGAUCUUGCCGAGCGAUCGCUCGCCUUUCGUUAAACAUAGAGCCACAAAGAAGGAGCAUAUUUACUUCGACAAGUUUAACCCCACGUUGAAGUAUUGCAGAAGACCCGCAGUUUGCCAGAGUUUAAAUUAUACUUCUUGUAUGGGUGCAAAGUUGCCUUACCACUCGACCACCCUUAAUCUCACGGACUUAAGUUCUCAAGAAAAAGUCCAAGAAAAACUCCAGUUCUACCAAUACAUACGGUUCAUUCCGAAAUGCUGGGCCGUAAUUCAACCAUUCCUAUGCGCCCUCUAUAUGCCAAAAUGCGAAAAAAACAUGGUGGACCUACCUUCACGUGAAAUGUGCAAGGUGACCCUAGAACCAUGCAAAAUAUUGUACAACACAUCGGUAUUCCCGGAAUUUUUGAACUGCGAAGACGAAGGUUUGUUUCCUAGGGAAUGCAAAAACGACAUACACGAUUUGAAGUUCAACACUACAGGGUACUGCAUGGAACCCCUUACAAAAACCGAUCAUCCUGAUUGGUACUAUCCAGAUGUGGAAGGCUGUGGUUUGAAAUGCAAGGAUUCCUUGUACACAGAAAAUGAACACUAUCAAAUCCACAAAUUAAUAGCAUACUGCGUUUUAAUCUGCAUUAUUUUAAACUUGUUUACAAGCACGACUUUUAUAAUAGGCUGGAAGACCGCUAACAAAUACCCGGCCUUGGCGAUUUUUUACGUUAACGCUUGUUUUUGCAUCUCCUACUUUGGUUGGUUGAUACAAUUCCUGGGGAAUGACACCAGGGAGGAUAUCGUGUGUAAAAAGGAUGGGACCUUGCGUAAAUCUGAGCCUAGCGCAAGCGAAAAUUUGAGUUGUGUUAUAAUUUUUUUCAUGAUUUAUUAUUUUUUCGUCGCUGGGUUGGUUUGGUUUGUCAUUUUUUCAUAUGCGUGGCAUAUGAGUUCCCUACAAGCUCUAGGUAAGAUACAGGAAAGGGUCGACAAAAAAAGGGCCUACUUUCACUUGGUGGCGUGGAGUUUACCAUUAAUCUUGACCAUAACAACUAUGGCAAUCGGCGAAAUAGACGGUGAUUACGUAACUGGCAUUUGUUUUGUUGGUUUUGUUAAUAGAGCGGCCAGGACUGGACUCCUAUUGGCGCCCCUAGCAGCCGCCAUGUUGGUUUCUGGAUACAUCAUAGUAAAAGGUUUAAUACUUUUGGUGAAAGUAAAAAUGGCGAGUAGAGAAAUAAUAUCGGAACAUUCCAGUCGUAAAAUACGUUCUAAUAUUGUUAGAAUGGGUGUUUUUACUGUUUUUAUGGUAAUAUUUUGUCUUAUAACUUUUGGUUACCAUCAUUACAUCUCUGUAAACUCGGGAACGUGGACUUCGAGCCUAAAUACCUUUAUUAUGUGUAAGCUGACAAGUUUAAGUACGGACCACUCGCAUUGCAAGCAAGAAUCUCGCCCUAGCGUUGCAAUGUUGCAAUUGCAACUUCUAGCGGUAUUCGGGUCGGGUAUAGCCAUGGCUUCCUGGGUAUGGUGCGACGCUACGUUACACUCAUGGGGCCGUUACAUACGAAAAAGCUAUAAUUUCAGAAAGUUUAACUGCGAGCAAGAGGAGCACAUCAAGCUGCAGAAGCACAAGAUUAUAGCGCAGGCCUUCGCGAAGCGUAAAAUAUUCAACGAAGGCGGUAAAAUCUCGAUUUUGUGCCACAACCACACCGACCCCGUGGGACUGCAUUUCGAGUUUAACAGUGCGGCGAGCACGAACGAGUUGAGCACCACGUGGGCGGCUAAUUUGCCGCGAUUGGUUAACAGAAGGGGAGCCGUGCCGAAUGAGGUUAACUAUUCCGUGUCGAGCAAUAAUCAAAGCAUCGAUUCCGAGGUCAGUCUGAGUGUGAGGCACGUCAGCAUAGAAAGCAGAAGGAACUCGGGGGAUAGCCAAGUGUCGGUGCAAAUUGCGGAGUUGAAAGCUAGACGAAAGGUAAAUGGUAGAAGGCAUAGAAACAGACACAAUUUCAGAAGUAACUCCAGAACGACCAACAUGAGAAAGCAUGGUCAAAAAAGGGAGUCCAGCACCAGUUUGGACUCUCAUUUGCAUUUUUUGAAUGCUAUCACUGGGUGUGAUACCAGAAGUUUUGGCCCCAAUUUGAAUAGAAGACAAGCUAAUGCUGGUUUGGAUAGCCAACAAAUCAACAACUUAGUGAACGGGACGAUAUUCAACCGCGACAGAAACUUAUCAGAGGACGAAAACGUCUCGGUAACGAUCUCGGAAAGCCGCAUAAGCAUGAAAUACCACAACGCGCCCACGCUCGACCUAAACGACCAACUGAUGAUGAACUCGCUGUGCAAAAAGUCCGGCGUCCACAUCGAGGAAAUCCACUCGACGUCGGAGGAAGAAACGGACUACAAGGACGCCGGCCAGGAGAAGCGCUACUCGAAGUCCGGGCGCGACUCGCAUUCGAGCAAGAAAUCCAGGCGCUCGAAGCGCUCCAGGAAGCGGUACAGUUCCAACUCGGAUUCCGAGGACGACGCGAAGGCGGGCAACAAGAGCGACAGCAGCUCGUGCGCGGAAAUCAAGCAGCUCGUGCAGAGCUCGCUCAACUCCGGCAUCAGCGUCGGCCACGAAAGAAAUCGUGGCAGUAGACAGUCCAAAACGUCAAAUGACGUGGCAGUGCAGACGAAUUCGCACGACAUAAAUUCGUAUGAGAUGGAAGCUAAGACUGAGGAGAAAGAAAAAAUGAAAAACAAAAAAAUGAAAACGAACGAGAAUAGGAAGAACCAGAAGAAAUAUAGUGAUAAAAACGACGUUUUCGAUAAAGUGAAAAAAUCGAAAGAAAAAUAUAAAAUGUAUGGUAGCUCAGAGGAACUGAAAGUUCUUAACGAUUGCAAUAAGAAAUAUGAUGUGAGUGAUUAUAGUUAUAGUAAAAGAUAAUUAUAUUAUUUAUGUGAAUUACAUUUUUGAAUGUAGAUAUAGUUUUAGAAUAUAGGCGGCUAUGUAUAUAUUUUUUACCAUUUUACAAACGAAAUUUUUAAUAAAAC